AGUGUGGGAAUUGACUGUGCCGUAGCAUCUAGAACUACAAGUUGUCUUCUAGUAUUAUUAAAAAUAAAGACAUUAAACUGAAUUAGCUCGACAGGAUUGAGAUGUUACAGUUUAGGGCUUCAGUUGUGCUGAAGGAGUUGAUUCAAACCAGCCCAAAGCGUUCGAUUUCUGACAUUAUAAGGCAUAAGAAGACUUUACCAAACGCGUACUUCUACAGCGCUGCUUAUCAGGAUGUCAGAAUAUCUAAAUUAAAGACUGUCUGUAAUGGAAGACCUUUCAUUCAGCCUUUAGCUGGGAUAAGAUUUUUAUGUACAAAGACCGAAGGAGCGAUUGACCCUGCAGAACCAGUGAAGAAAGAUGAGUCCGUUCAGGAAGCGACGGCAGAUAAGAGAAGGAAGGCUGGCAUCCUGCCCAGCUUGGAAGACCUGCUGUUUUACAGUAUUGCCGAAGGCCAGGAGAGGAUCCCAGCUCACAAAUUCAUUACCGCACUGAAGGCCACUGGACUUCGAACAGGAGAUCCACGGCUGAAAGAAUGUAUGGACAUGUUGAAAGUCACCCUCAAAUCCACGUCAGAUGGCGUAAUGCUGGACCGGCACCUGUUCAAAAAGUGUGUCCAGAGCAACAUUGUUCUCCUAACACAGGCCUUCCGGAAAAAAUUUGUCAUCCCUGAUUUCCAGCCUUUUGCUUCCCACAUCGAUACACUUUAUGAAAAGGCCAGAAAGCUCUCCGGUGGUUUGGUUGCUGACUACAUUCCCCAACUUGCCAAAUUCAGCCCAGAUCUGUGGGCCGUUUCCCUUUGCACAGUAGAUGGACAAAGACACACAGUGGGUGACACUAAAGUGCCAUUUUGCCUGCAGUCGUGCGUGAAGCCACUCAAGUACGCUAUUGCAGUGCAUGACCACGGCACUGAAUAUGUGCACCAAUUCAUUGGGAAAGAGCCCAGUGGCUUACGCUUCAACAAGCUCUUCCUGAAUGAGGACGAUAAACCCCAUAAUCCAAUGGUGAAUGCUGGUGCAAUCGUGUGUACCUCUCUUAUCAAGCAAGGUGCAGGCAAUGCUGAGAAGUUUGACUAUGUGUUGAACUUCUUGAAGAAGAUGGCUGGAAAUGAAUAUGUUGGUUUCAGCAAUGCCACAUUCCAGUCGGAGCGUGAGUCAGGAGACAGGAAUUUCGCUAUUGGCUACUACCUGAAAGAAAAGAAGUGCUUUCCAACUGGUACAGACAUGACUGCUGUUCUGGACUUGUACUUUCAGCUGUGCUCCAUCGAGGUAACGUGUGAGAGCGCUAGCGUCAUGGCUGCCACACUGGCCAACGGUGGCUUCUGUCCAAUCACAGGCGAGCGUGUGCUGAGCCCCGAGGCUGUGCGAGACACCCUCAGCCUCAUGCACUCGUGCGGCAUGUAUGACUUCUCCGGACAGUUCGCCUUCCAUGUGGGUCUUCCGGCCAAGUCAGGUGUGGCUGGUGGUAUUCUGCUGGUUGUGCCCAAUGUGAUGGGCAUCAUGUGCUGGUCUCCUUCAUUGGACAAACUCGGCAACAGUGUCCGGGGCAUCCAGUUCUGCACGGAUCUGGUGUCCUUGUUCAACUUCCACAACUAUGACAACCUGAGGCACUUCACCAAGAAGCACGAUCCCCGCCGAGAGGGAGGGGACCAGCGGGUGAAAUCUGUCAUCAACCUCCUCUUUGCUGCCUACACAGGAGAUGUUUCUGCUCUCAGAAGGUUUGCACUGUCCUCUGUGGACAUGGAGCAGCAGGACUAUGACUCCAGGACGGCGCUGCACAUAGCAGCCGCUGAGGGACAUACUGAGGUUGUGCGUUUUCUGUUAGAGGCCUGCAAGGUGAAUCCUGGUCCCAAGGACAGGUGGGGCAAUACACCUAUAGAUGAGGCGACACACUUUGGUCAUCACGAGGUGCUCGCGCUUCUACAGGAGUACAACAGUAAAUACAACCCACCGGUGAACGCUGGCGCAGAUAAAGAGAGCACCGAAAAACACCUGGAUGGGAUGCUGGAGACAUAACCAUUUCCACAAACAGUACAGGACACUCUUCUGGAACAGCCCAGUGAAGCACUGCCCCUUCUCAAGAUCAGUGUGCGUGUUUUUUUUUCGUUUUGUUUUGUUGAAAACGUUUUUUUUUGUCAGUACAUUUUUUUCGUUUGAAGUUGUGUCCUGUAGUUUUACAUGCUUUUGUGCGACAUUUUUGGCUUGUUCAACAACUUCUUCCUUACAAGAAAGGGUGUGUCAUGAUGAUGGCCAUAUUUAACGGUGCGAAACGACUCUCAAAAGACACUAUAAUUGUAUGUUUUCGUGCCUGUGAAAGGUUGAUCGAGGUGUGGGGAAUGAUGACUACAGCGCUGUUGCUGUUUUCCUGAGGGCAAACAGCUAAACUCAAGAGUAUCAAAUGAAACCAAACAAUCCUGUUUAGACAGGACGCGUUCUUGCAUUAAAAACGGCGAGAUUUGGUAAGGUUGCGCAAACGCUCACGACUUACAAAAGCUGCUGGCCAACAUAUCUUCCUCCUUUAUGUUGUCUUAAAAAAAAAACGGAAUGCAAAGCGAGACGCGAGUUGCAAGUCUAUUGCAUUUCCAUUACCAAACAAUCGGUCGAGUGUUGCCACGAAUGCCGAUUAUUAAAGAUCAGAAAUGCUAGAACGUCCUGCGUAAAAUUGGGAAUUAUUUUUAAGUUUGCAUGCAUUAUCUUAAUAUCACUUUUAUUUUAUUAUACCACUGCCAGAGACAGCUAUUUUUGUUAGUCUUUACUGUAUUAUCAGAUAGAUGGACUAUAUAUUCUUCAGUGCACUCAUAUUUUAAUAUUUACACGCCCCAAAAUGAAUGAAUUUUGAGAAAGUACACAAUGUAAUCUGAGAACAAAAGCGAUCACAAAUCAAAGUUUACUGGAUGACGGGAAGAUGGAAGUUAUAAAAAAAAAAAAAUCACAUUAUAAACAAUUUUUAAUUUAAAUCGACAACACCAGCUUAAUCAUUAUCGGAUACAAUUCAAAACUCCUUUAUUUAGAAAUACUCAUUAUUUGCACUGCAUCUGUGCAUAUAGGUAUAUUUUAUGAAGUGUUAAAUGACUGUACGUGUAGUUUCUAUUGUAAGACAGUUGUUUUAGCAGUGGAAAGACGAUGUCAAACCUGUUCACCCGGACCAAACACUUGAAGUCAGUUAGUUGGACAAAAAUUAAGUUCAUGUCAAAGUAAAUGAAUGUAAACUAUUUUAAAGACACUUUAGCACUAUUCAGUAUUCAUUGAAGCAGAUAUUUCUUGCUGAUUUCUAUUAGACUGUAUCUGGCUGACUCAAGUCGGUGUGUGUACAUGUGCUAUUAAAGCAAUGGUAUAUAAAGAUUCAUCUUUGAUGUGCAAUAAUGAAUAAAAUUGUGUUAGUAGUUAAAA